CGUGCGCACGUGUGUGUGUGUGUGUGGGCAAUGUGCGUCCCACCGAAUCAGCCGAAUGACGAGGCGGCGGUCGGUCGAGGGACCAGCGUCCCGACAAUUUCUUGCCGCCGAUUCGAUUUAUCACCAAAGUAUGACGUACGUACGAUGUAGUGCCGAAAAAUUGAUAAGGAUGUCAGCGCGACUCGUGCGAGUGCACCCGAUAUGAGUUGCCGCGUGGCAUCUGCAUACGACCGGGUUUAACCUCGCCCGUCCACGCGAAAGCGGGAUUUGAUUAAUGCGCAGUUACUCGCGUGUGAAAUUAGUUCGCGCGCUGAACAACGGCGAGCAACAUUUUCCGUUAGUAAGGCACACUUGUUCCGCCGAAGGUUCGACGAGAUGUGAAGUUCCAGGGAGCCUGUCGCACCGCGUCGGGUAAGGCAAGGCUACCACGCGGGUCGGGCCAGGACCUUCAAAAUGAUCGCCCAAAUGUCGCACGUGAUGACCCUCGCUAAUAGCAUCAUAGGCGUGAGCGUCCUGGCGAUGCCCUUCUGCUUCAAACAGUGCGGCAUCGUGCUGGCCGUCCUGCUACUGCUCCUGUGCAGCGCCCUGUCGCGCCUGGCCUGUCACUUCCUCGUCAAGUCGGCCGUGAUAUCGAGGCGGCGCAACUUCGAGCUGCUCGCCUUCCACGCGUUCGGCCACAUGGGAAAGUUCCUGGCGGAGCUGUUCAUCAUUGGCUUCAUGCUGGGCACGUGCAUCGCCUACUACGUCGUCGUCGGCGAUCUAGGGCCGCAGAUAAUCAGCAAGAUGAUGAGCAAGAGCCCGGCGGACAUUCGCACCAGCUUGCUCAUCUUCACCGGGGUCUUCAUAGUCCUGCCCUUGGGGCUGCUGCGAAAUAUCGAUAGUCUGUCCAGCAUUUGCACCGCUACCAUUGUCUUCUACCUCUGUCUCGUGUUAAAGAUCAUGGGCGAGUCAACCCUACAUAUUUUCAUGGGAGAUUGGGUUAACAGUGUUAAUUACUGGAGGCCUGCCGGCAUCCUCCAAUGCCUGCCGAUAUUCUCCAUGGCACUGUUCUGUCAGACGCAGUUGUUUGAGAUAUACGAAACCAUUCCAAAUGUAUCCUUAGAGAAGAUGAACGACGUUGUACGAGGGGCGUUAAAUAUAUGUACACUUGUAUAUAUGUGCGUUGGCUUGUUCGGUUACAUUGCAUUUUGUACCCAAUCGUUCACAGGAAAUAUUUUACUGAGUUUCGAACCCAGCAUUACGUCCGAACUGAUUAAACUGGGAUUCGUGUUUUCGGUCGCAUUCAGUUUCCCUCUAGUCAUAUUUCCGUGUCGUGCGAGCUUGAAUUCCCUUUUGUUUCGCCGGGUGUACACCCACGAACCGUCUGUCAAUUAUCUGCCAGAGUCCAGGUUUCGGUGCCUGACCAUCGCGAUAGUCGGCAUUUCCCUCGUCAUCGGUAUCUUGGUGCCGAACAUAGAGUUCGUCCUCGGUAUCGUGGGAUCGACGAUCGGCGUGAUGAUCUGUGUGAUAUUCCCGACAGUAUUUUUUAUAUCUAUAAGCAGCAAAAAUACUAAUGAGAAAUUAGUGGCACAGGGCAUUUUAAUCGUCGGCGUUUGGAUCAUGAUCCUCGGUACGUACGCCAAUUUGUACGCCAUAGAGGAGUCCACAAACGUAAAAUUAGCGGUGACCAAUAAGCCGCUCAUUCAGAUCAACAAUUUACCGUUGAACAUAAUCAAAGACGACUUGCAUAUCAUUCCCAAUAUUCCCAACAGUCUGGAACUUAUUCCGAGAGCAAAAGACAAAAUUAAUCAACUACCUGAGAUAAGUAUCCUCGAUAAACCGUUAGAUCUGAAAGUGAAGGACGUUCGACAAGAGCCGCCAGUGCCAGUUGAACGUAUAGUCGUCAGCGAAAAGCCAAAUCUCGACAAGUCUGAUAAAAUAGCAGUAGGCUCUCUUGUCCCAGAAAUAAAAAAUGUAGUUGAACCGAUCAAGAACGAUGAUUUAAACGCACAGUCGCAGGUCGUCACAAAUAUCAAUGUUAAAGUCGAUGAAUCUGUUACUUUGAAGGCGGAGGAGAAGAUAAAGAUAAUCGAGCAGAAGGAGCAAUCGAUGGACUUGCAGAAGAACGACAAUCUCAUUAAUUUAGAUGCUAUAAAAAAGGAGGAGUCUGAAUUGGCGGCCGACGGAGACAUCGCUAAUGCCAGAGCUGCGGAACGACACGAGCAACUCAGGAAAACAUUGGAGAAGCACAAGUUGGAGCAACGUCAGAUGAUGCAGGAGCAAAAGGAAAUUUUGAAGGACAUCAAGGAGCAAAAGCAAGAAUUCGAGAGGGAGAAGCAGAGAAUGGCGAAGGACGAGACACUAAAGAAGAAUGAAAUGGUACAAACUGACGUGAAGGAGAAUGUUUUACCGGAGAUCAAAGGUAAUGUGGGAGAAAACGAUAAAAAACCUGUGGAAAGUAACGAGAUUAUUAUCGCAAAGAGUAACAAAGACGUUCCGAAAGAAAAAGAACUGAGUGACGCAGAUAAGAUCAAAUUAGAUGAAAAGCCGCAGCUUCGAGAGGAGAAUAGUAACGUGAAUAUCGCGGUUGAAGAUAGCGAGAAGAAAUUGGAUCCGUUUCAUGAAAUUCCUCAAAACAAGAAUGCGGAGGAUUUACAGAAAAUAUCGGAAAAUGCACCAGAUAAAAUCCCUCUCGUCAAAGAGGCAGCUAUCGAUGAGGCACCGGAGAAAUCGUUACAGAAAGAUACACAAGACGAGACGAAAGUAGAAAGGAUAGAAUUUAGCGAUACCAAAAAUAUGAAGGGUCCCAUCUUGAACGUAUUAUCGAAAGGAAUUCUACAAAGAUCUGUUAUGGAAGAGGAACUCGCUAGAGAGAAUGAUCGUCAGGCGAAGGAAGAGAAGAGAGAAAUUCUUACAAACGAGGUUGCGAACACGUCGGACAAAUUGCAAGGGAAGUACGACAACAAGUAUUCUGUGCCCAUAGCAUUAAAAAUGACGAAUCAAUCGAAAUUAGACAAGGUGAAGGUACCAUCAUUGAAUAAGAGCGAACAGGAGGUUCUUGUUAUACGUCGGGAUAUUUUAGAGAAUAACGAACGCGAGAAGAGAGACGUCGAUGGAGAAAUGAAUGCGAACGUUACAAAAGUCAACAGCGAUCGUCCACUUGAGCAAUCUAAAUCUCUCGUUAACGAUGCCGACGAUGCGGACACCGAGACCUGUUCGAAGUUGCGGGAAAGUUCGAAGAAAGCAGAUGCGGAGAUAGAAUCGGAGACAGAAGUAACUAAACCGAGUACAACUGAAGUGCCUCUGAUCAACACAAAUAUUUAUUUGUCCGGGCAGAGAAUAACGAAGACGAUCUCUAUGGAUCAGCACGCUGCUCUAGAUUCAGAGUACGCGGGCGUGAACCAAGAAGAUUCGAAAGUUCUUAGUCCUAAAGACAAAACUGAGAUAUAAAUGUCUGAUUCAAGAGAACUGAAUACGCGGCAUAAUAUUAGAUUAAGUGAAUCGCGGAUCGCUCGUUGCUUUCCGAGUUGCGCUGUGCCUAUUUAUGUUUGUAAAAUUAUUAUUAAGUUGGAGGUGCAAUUCCUACUCAGACGAAUGCCCGAGCGCGCGCGUAUGUGUGUAUGCGUGUAUGUAUUGCGAGAGUAUCAUAAUAUAUUUAAGAUAUUUAUAACUUGUGUAACUGUGUGAAUGCGAUUUUUAAUGCGACUACUGUUUGCAUUAUCUUGUACCGUACGUUUUUCUUUUUUUUUUGCGUAUAAAAAUUGUAAAAAUACAAAUAUUGAUCUAAUGCAUUUAAAAAUAGGACCAAAUAUAGAUGUAUUUUUACACAGCA